AGAGCCGCCCAGUUCCGUGGCUGGUCCGCCCUGGCUCCCGGGUGGCUGCAGAGUGGAAAUGGCGACGCGGGUGUGCAGGAUCCCGGCACGGUGUUUGCUGCUGGUGCGGGGCGGAGGACUGCACGCCCGGAACUACUCCAAAGACAAUGAAAGUAGCUGGUUCCGCUCCCUCUUUGUCCACAAGGUGGAUCCCCGGAAAGAUGCUCAUUCUACCCUUCUGUCCAAGAAAGAAACCAAUCACCUGUACAAGAUCCAGUUCCACAAUGUGAAACCUGAAUGUCUGGAUGACUACAACAGCCUGGCGGAGCAGGUCCUUCCAAAGCUGCACUUGGAUCCUGGUUACCCUUGCGACCUGGUUGGGAACUGGAAUACUUGGUACGGUGAACAGGACCAGGCAGUGCACCUCUGGCGAUUCAGCGGUGGCUACCCAGCCCUCACAGAGUGCAUGAACAAGCUGCGACAGAACCAGGCAUACCGGGAUUUCCAAAAGGAGAGGAGUAAGAUGCUGCUCUCCCGGAGGAACCAACUGCUCCUGGAAUUCAGCUUUUGGAAUGAGCCUUUGCCACGGGCUGGACCCAACAUCUAUGAGCUGAGGACAUACAACCUUAAGCCAGGAACCAUGAUUGAGUGGGGAAACAACUGGGCGCGGGCCAUUGAACACCGCCAGGAGAACCAAGAAGCGGUGGGUGGCUUUUUUUCCCAAAUAGGACAGCUGUACGUCGUGCAUCACUUGUGGGCAUACAGAGACCUGCAGUCCCGAGAGGAAACAAGGAACGCAGCCUGGAGGAAACGAGGCUGGGACGAGAAUGUUUACUAUACAGUACCUCUGGUUCGGAGCAUGGAGUCUCGGAUAAUGAUUCCCUUGAAGAUCUCACCUUUGCAGUGAUGCUGUCUUCCCAUCUAGGCACCCCUCUGUCAACCGCUAGUCUCAGCAGCUGUACAGAAAGAAAUUAGUCUUGCCAUCUCUACAUUCCCUUCCCACCUCCGUUUGCCCAGCCCCUUCUCCUGUUGCUUCAUUUGUAAGCUGUAUGAAUUUCCACCCCUUUUUCAUCAGGCUGCUGGCCUCUGACCAGGACAGUGUGUGCCAGACAGCCUCUGUGCUAGGCUCACAGCAAACUCUGCUUGGAGCCCGAAGUUGGGUGGCCUGCUGGUCGUAAGACGUGCUCCGGAAAUGAUUUCCUUGGGGACCAGCUGAAUGAACACUCUGCACUCGACACAUUCCUGACAGCCUAAGACUUCAUCUAGAAGCUCUGCUAAAUGCAAGAAGAACUGUAUGAAAAUAGGAACAUUUUGUGCCUAGUUCCUCCUGCUUAUGGUCAUUUCGGAGGGGGCGAGGGUGUAGUCCUGGACAUUUGUCCAGCAAGUCUUCACUGGCAUUCCUCUGACCUGGAAUCUUACUUGGUGAGCUGCAUGAUGGAAUAGUGUGCUCUAGGGUGGGGGAAACCAAAUUUCAUUAAAAUGUCACACUAUCCAAUUCGUUGGGCAUACCAUAGCCAGAGGUGUUUAUCCAACCACCAAUGGCUGUACAUUCCUCUUCCCUGGGACAAAGCGACUAGAAGAUUGGCUUGUCUUCCAAGAGGUGAGACUCCAAAGACAGUUUUGGGAUGAGAGAUGAUUAAUCAUUCCCGUCCCCUUUACUUUUUAUAUUGGCUGUUUGAUGUUCUUCAAUCUCUUUCUUCCCCUCUCCCCCCAGUGGCAUCUUUUCCUACCUCCCAGAGUAGCUAAGCCUUGAUCUGAUAUUUUGCGUAGCUGCUAUUGAUCUCGUCUCACUGUACCUCAUUGGGCUCGUCCAAGUUUCUGGGGUUCCAACCGAGGCACCAGGACAAGAGUGCCCUAUCAUGCAUUGUCAGCUAGCAAAGGAAGUGGUCCUGGAUGAAGUGGAGCUGUCUAAAUUCUCCCUGUCCCCCCAGUUUUGGAGCUAGGAGCUGUUUCUCUUGCCAGCUCUAAACCUCUCUAUGGAAAUGCACAAGACCGAGGCAGAGUUUUAGGAAUGUGUAACAACCUUCGCUGUCUGCCUUUCUGCCUACAAUUUAUUUUUCCCACUUCCAGAAUACCUCUAGCUGAGCUCACAAUGAGGUAGGAGGGGCUAGAGUCAGGGACGUCAGAUCUCUUGACAAGCAUGCGGUGCACGGCAGGUGGAGUGGACUAAUGAAAGCAGUCUUGCAAGGAAACAGUCUUUUUGAAGGGAAACAUUAUUUUGGUAACCAGCCUAACUAACUACACAUGUAAUUAAAUAUUUAAUAUGGUG